AUGCAGCGCGUCGUCUCCAACUCCCGUCUGCUCCGAAGGUCGAGCAUUUCUGACAAUGGACACGGUUCACAGCACAGGCAGCUGACUAAAUCUCCGCCGCCAUCUCCGCGCGAGCUCAAGCGUACUCAAGAGCCAUGUCCUAUCCCGAGCAGCAACCCAGCGAGUCAGUAUACCCUUCUCGAGAAGCUUGGGACGGGCAGCUUCGGGACGGUGUACAAGGCAAUGCACAAUGAGACAAAGCAGAUCGUGGCUAUCAAGCAAAUUGACCUGGAAGAUUCGGACGACGACAUCUCAGAGAUUCAGCAGGAAAUCGCAAAUCUGGCGCAAUUCGACUCGGAGUACGUUACGCGUUAUUACGGCUCGUUCGUUGUCGCGUACAAGCUGUGGAUUGUGAUGGAGUACCUCGCAGGGGGGUCGUGCUUGGACCUCCUCAAACCGGGUGUGUUCUCCGAGGCGCAUAUCGCGGUGAUUUGCAAGGAGCUACUGCAGGGCCUCGAGUAUAUGCAUGACGAAGGUACAAUUCACCGAGACAUCAAAGCCGCCAACGUGCUUUUGUCUGCAUCAGGGAAGGUGAAAUUGGCGGAUUUUGGUGUGGCGGCGCAGUUGACGAGCACGUUGCGGCACACCUUCGUUGGUACGCCGUUUUGGAUGGCACCCGAGGUCAUCAGGCAAGCGGGAUACGACGCGAAGGCGGACAUCUGGAGCUUGGGUAUCACAGCGAUUGAGAUGGCAAAAGGAGAACCGCCGCUGGCCGAGUACCAUCCGAUGAGAGUCUUAUUUUUGAUCCCGAAGGCAAAGCCUCCAGUUUUGGAGGGUGCCUUCUCUGUCGCAUUCAAGGAUUUCGUGGCGCAGUGUUUGACGAAAGAUCCUCCAUCGAGGCCGACGGCGAAGGAGUUACUGCAGCACAGAUUCAUCAAGAGUGCGCGGAAGACCUCGUACUUGACAGAAUUGAUCGAACGUUUCCAGGACUUUCGGGCACGCACCCCUGGAAAGGCUCCACAGAUGUACCAGGCGACAGUGCGUAACAGCGGAGUGUGGGACGGGACGCUGCGGAGUGACUGGAGUUUUGACACGAUGCGGUCAACGUCGGCGAUGGGUUCUUUGCGCAGCAUGGCAAAGGACAUCAUGCCCCCGGAGAUGAUCCCAGAUGAAGAGGACUAUGACGACGAUGACCCGUCUGUGUACGACAACGAAGGAUCUUUUGACACAGCUGCUGCGACCACGAGGGGGAGCGACAUUCCUCUAGUGGGUGGUGCUGGAAUUGGCUUGAACGUGGAUGCCUCGCACUCAACGGUUAUCAUUCGACAGUUGUCGCCAACGGACGAGAAGAACACCCCAUCAUUACUUACGGAUGAGGCUUCAGAUGAAACUGCAGGAAGUCUAGCGCCUGAAACCCCCCCGCAGGAGACAUCCGAGCCCCCUCCAGCAUACACAGGCUCUGUUCGCUCGACACGGCGAGCUUCUUUCCAAGCUCGGAAUAACAUGGCCAUCGGGACUGUACUUGGAGAAGCUGACCUGGGAAAUGGUAUAGACACUAUCAGGCCAGUCAAGAAGGUGGACACAAUCAGGUCCCUCCGGAUGUCGACGGAGUAUGUUGGAACGACGCGCAGCAAAGACAGUGGUCCGUCCAGUCCCCCUUCUCCACAAAGCGUGAAAUCGCAGCAUAAAAAGGCUGCGAGUGAAGCAGUAAAGGCUGGUAAAUCACUGAUUGACGAAGUUUUGUUGCCGUUGUUAUCGAAGACGACACGAGAUGAUAUGGAUGCCCGAGAGAUUGAAUCAAUAAGUAUGAUCUCGAGGGGCUUCGAAGAGCUGAGAGACGUCAAUCCCGAAUUGGCGUACAAUAUUGUCCUCGACCUCCUUGCUGGCAUAAACGAGAACGCGGCGGUGCGCCAGCAUAUUCAGACGGCCCGUGGACUCUUCCCUCACAGACGGAUCAUCCGCAAGAGCGAGAUGACCGCAAAGGGUCUCGUCGUCACUGAAGAAGAGGAAAUCUCCGGCUUGCCGUCGUCAUCCUCUCCUACCCCAACCACUGAAGACCGCCCCGACGCCGGUUCUCCGCCGCGCAAAUCCCCCAUCGCCGAGCUAUUGUAUGUGCGCUGGCUAGAAGGUUUGCGGCUCAAGUGGCCAAGUAUCUUGUAG